AUGCCAGACGCGCAGUUCCUAACCUCAGCCUUGCUCUACGCACUUCACCCACCAACCGAGGCUGUUGUUAUAACGACUCGUCAGGUCGACGGAAUAGCGAUGGCUUCCCAGAAGCUGUCCAGAGAGGACUACGGUGAUGAUACGAUAUAUCACCAAUUAGAAACGUAUGAUUGGGAGAAGGAUAAGGAAUUCCAGGGUGGUCUAUCCGCAAUCCUCGGACCCAACCCUUCUCCAAACCAAAUCCAAGAUCUCACCAUUCGUGCACAAUGCUUCUAUUUCUCACGCAAAAGAGCUAUCCAAAUUGACUACAACUCUUACAAAACAUACUUAAUCAACAAAUACCCGCAAAUAUACCAAUCCAAUCCUGAUAACGGAGCGACCUCAACGUCACAUGCUUUCGACCGUCCAGUUAAAGACAUGACUCCUGUGGAUCGCCAUCCUUCCUCGAGCAGCACGCAAUCAUCACCUGCAAAUAUGGCAGUGGAGACCAACACAUCGCAUCCCGAGGCGCCAUUCGUUUCACCUUCAGAGGUCAGCCUUCCGCCUCGCUCAGCGGCCGAUCAGCCUGAGCACAAAGAGAAUCAACCGACUUCGAUUCCCUCACUUAAUCCAACAGCACCAGAUGCAGCACCGUAUCCCCAAACUUUCGCCGACAUAGUAGCAAUGAUAACGAGCGGCGAAGAAAUUCCAGGGAUCAGAGAUAUACCAGAUGUUGUGUACCCAAUAUCUAUGGCUGCCAAGCCAACUGCUCCACGGCGGCGAAAACCCUGGGAGAAGGACAUACCAGAUGACGUGAUCUUGAAUGGCAUGAAGGAGGGAACUUUUGGAGAUCAAAGAGACAAGCAUAUCGUUCAAGAAUUACCCGAGGAGGAUAUGCCUCAUAACGGUCCUUCAGUAGCUGUAUAA